CUUGCUAACACACUUAUUUUGUGAUGGUAAUUUUCUUUAUCUAUUUUCAUUGAUUAGACAAUUUAUGCUGCUGCAAAAUUGAAUAUCUUACAUAAUCAAAUUUUCUGAUUGAGUAUGCUUUCAUCAUCAAUAAAAUUUCAAUCAAGUUUCAAAAUAUUUUCUAUUUCGUUAAUCAUUGUAUUGUUUGUUAUUUUGUUUACCCAAAAAGUUUCCACCAUUACUUUCUUACGGUGUAUUUUUUAUUUCGUACUUGAUCACAAGUGUGUAACUGAAUUUCUUUUUUGUUUAAUAUUGUGAUUGUAAAUAAAUUUCUACAGUGAUUUGUGUAAGAUGAAUUUUUCUGAGUCAAAGAAAAACAAGUUUACUAAUAUAUUGCUGUUCCCAUCCAACUGUAAUGAAACACAUUAUCAUGGAUUUAUUGAAGCUAACGGUGUUGAAUAUUACAUUGAACUUAUGUUUACAAAGCCAUUUCAGAACGCGAGGGUCAAAUGUGAAUACAAGUUGCAACAAAGACUGAAAGAUUAUUCUGAUGAUAUCAAGAAUAGUUUGAAGAAAUCUAAAACCCCUCAGGAAUUUGCAAAGCUGUUACAAAAUCUUCUCUGUAGAGUGACAGAACCAUUAAAAGAAGUUCUGUCAGUUGAAUACACUACCACACUUGUCAAGCAUAUUGAGGAUGUUGGUUGGUCAGCUAUAAAAGAUGUAAAUAAUGAUUUUACUCGUAUCACACUCUCAGCUAGAGAUGUAGCUGGCAGAGAGCAUGAACUGGUAUUACAUCCUUCUGAUUUUCCAAAACAAUGUCCUGAAGUAACAUCUGACCUACCAUACCCUUUCCGACCUCAAUGGGGUGGAAUAUUCUCCAGUUUAAAGUCAAUUUAUCAACAAUUUAUUGAAGUAUUGCUGAUUUAUCAACGAUUCUGGGACGAAGUUGAGGAAUUACAACAAAAAUGUUGGAUUCUUGAGCCAGACAAACCAAGCUAUAGAGUGAAAGAUUAUAGAAUAUAUUUUGGUGCUAGCAGUUCCAUAUUAAUCACCAUUGAUCCAGUUCAUCCAGAAAAUAUUCCAGAAUGCCGAUUCAUGGGAGCAGAAGCUUCUUUUAUGCCAAUUAGACAAAAAUUUAUGAAAAAUAUACAAGAUUGGAAUGGAACAUUGUCAAUACUCCAAAAUUUGAAAAAUAUUCUUCAAAUUGAUUUCCCACGAAAGAGCAAAAAUCAAGCAUUUGAUGUCACUCUUCAGUGUGGAAUUUGUUACGAGUAUAAACUGGUGAACAAUAUUCCUGAUCAGGCGUGUAAUGAACCAAGAUGUGGACAGCUCUUUCACAAAGUUUGUCUCGUUGAGUGGAUACAAAGUGUUCCUGGAGCAAAGCAAAGUUUUCAAACACUGUUUGGCGAAUGCCCUUAUUGCAAUAAUUCCAUCACAGUUAAACUUUGAUAGUAGAGAAAAUGAUAUCUUGAAUGGUUGUGAAUUUUUUAUUUAUCAAAGUUCCAAUAACAUAGGAUGCUUAUCAGCUUG